CAUAAUCCAGUGGUUAAAUGUAUGCUGUUACAUGAGGGGCACAAACUGGGGCUGCUCGGGCCCUACGAGGCUAUUUGAGCUACUUAGCCCGGCUAAGGAAAAAAAAAGGUUAGCUUUGUUGUUUUCUCAACUUAAACACCGACCAAAAAAUACACAUGACACUUGUGAUAAACACCGUGUGAACAGAUAAUUACUGUUUUCCAACCUUAUAUGAAGACAAUGAUGUCGCCUCACAACCUCCGCUCACAGCAACUCUUCUAGAAGGUUCUUCUAACCCGCCUCUAUCGUAAAUGAAAGUCGCGUCCGGUGACGUUUAUUUCCUGCGACGGAGCCCCCAGUCACCCAAACAAGCGUGAACUGUUGGAAACAGAAACCCUGGUUGCGAGGCCGAAGACAAACGAUGAUAAAAUGCCACUCUGUUGGCUUAUCAGCGAGGAGGGGAAUCAUAAACCCAUCCAGCUCCCUCAUUUACAGACUGUUGUGUUGGGGCGAGGGCCAGAAACAACCAUCAAAGACAAAAAAUGCUCUCGGCAGCAAGUGGAGCUGAAAGCAGAAUGCAACAAAGGUUAUGUCAAAGUUAAACAGCUGGGCUUAAACCCCACCUCUGUAGACUCCGUGGUGGUCGGUAAAGACAGUGAGGUCAAAAUAAAGCCUGGACAGCGCCUUCAUAUUGUCAAUCAGCUUUACCCCUACACUGUACAGUUCAAAGAGAAUCCCACUGGCAGCCAAAGUGGAACAAAAAGGCAGCGAGAGUCCAAUUCAGAGGACAGAGAGAGCCAGAGGCACUCUCAGAGUAUGAAAGCAGACAAACAAACAGAAAGGAUCUCAGUGUCAGUCAGUCACGCUGAUUCACCAAAAACAAAUGAAAAUGCUGGACACUGGAGUCAAGGCCUUAAGACAUCAAUGCAAGACCCCAAGAUGCAGGUGUACAAGGAUGACAAAGUGGUCGUUAUUAAAGAUAAAUACCCCAAAGCUCGCCACCACUGGCUUGUGCUCCCGUGGCAGUCAGUUCCCAGCCUGAAGGCUUUGCGCACUGAGCACUGUGAUCUGGUGAAACACAUGCAGAAAGUUGCUGACCAAAUGAUUCAACAGCGCCCAGAUUGUAGUUCGGUGCAGUUCCGCACAGGAUACCACGCCAUCCCAAGCAUGAGUCAUGUUCACCUCCACGUGAUCAGCCAAGACUUUGACUCACCUUGUUUAAAGAACAAAAAGCAUUGGAACUCAUUUACAACAGAUUACUUCAUUGAGUCUAAGGAUGUCAUUCAGAUGCUUGAAACUGAUGGAAAAGUCACUGUGAAAGAAGGCACCAGUGAGUUGUUGAAGCUACCUCUCCGCUGCCACGUGUGUCGCAAAGAGCUUCCCACUAUACCGGCACUGAAGGAACACCUGAAGUCUCAUUUCUGAGAUAACAAUGUGACUGUAACUCAUGCUCAUGCUCUGGGUUUUCAUUGAUCACAUAUCUCAUGUUAACUUUUUUUUUAUAGAUUCAUUCUUUUGUACAAUGUUAAGUUCCUGCAGGUUCCAUAAUUAUUGGCCUGAUUACAAAUUCCAGAGGUCUUCAAUGUUUGUUGCUUUUUAGGGUUUUCCAGUUUAAUAGAAAAUUGAGUGUCAAGCUACAAAACGUUCAAGGUAAAUGCCAUCAGUGUAAUGCAAGGUCAUGGAUUUCAUUUAGUGUUAAUACCAUUUCAAACAUGUUAAAAUAUUUUGCAAUAAAUAUUUUCUAAGAACUAAA